AAACCAUUUGGUAGUCAGUCCCCAGAUAUGAGCGGUGACUGUGAAUGGAUCAGUUGGUUAUCAUCCAACGCGAGCCGUAUGUUUGAAUGCAAUUAUUGGCCAAAACUAGUCUUUAGAUCAUCACUGCAAAGAUCUAACUGUCAAUCAAAGUCUUGUUUAGUAACAAAAUGCAAACAAUCAGCGCAUCGAUUGCCACAAAACUCUGUGUUAUUAACACUGAUAAUCAAAUCAUUGCUAUUUAUUAAUUUAUUUCUUAUACCAAUUACGAGUCAUGCCUUCCGAGUGCCAUAUCGUUACCCACAUUAUCCUCUCUUUCAUAAAGAGCUCAUCAAUAAUUCACCCAUCGCCGGUCCGGCACCCAAUGAGGUGGUCAGUGUUGAGCUGUUUCCUAGAGAUAAUGCAAAGACACACCACACGUCUCAAUACGAAAUUGUCAAUAAUAUCAACCCAUCGCUUGUCAUCCGAAGAGGAGAUCCUUUUUAUUUGGCGCUUCGACUUAACGGACCGUAUGAUCAAAGUCGUGACAAAAUUAGACUUGAAUUUAUGUUUGGUCCUCGUCCACAGAUAGGAAAGGGAACUCUAAUAUAUUUACCCAUUUCUAACAACAAAGACUUUACCAAAGACUCGAGCAAAUGGGACGCCCGAAGUCAUCACAUCGAUGGCAAUCAAUUGACAAUUCAUGUGCACCUUCCGGCCAAUGUGGCCGUCGGGAUAUGGAAGCUAAGGGUCAGUACUAAACAACAGGGAUCCAGAAAUAUCAGAUCGUUUGAUGUCAAAGAAAAUAUUUAUGUUCUGUUCAAUGCCUGGAAUAAAGAUGACGGUGUGUUUCUACCCGAUGAUACCAAGCGUCGGGAGUAUGUCCUCAACGAUGUCGGCAAAAUUUAUAUUGGAUCGCACUCUAAACCUAAGGGAAGACAAUGGAUUUAUGGACAGUUUGCCGAUUCAGUACUUCCGGCGGUAAUGUUUAUGAUGGAAAAGACUCGUCUCGACUACUCUGCUCGGGCUAAUCCAGUCAAAGUGGUCAGAUCGGUAGCCGCAAUGGUCAAUAGUCACGAUGAUAAUGGAUUAUUAGUGGGUAAUUGGUCGGGUAAUUAUAAUGAUGGUAACGCUCCGUGGCAAUGGACGGGUAGUGCACCUAUUUUUGAACAAUAUUUGAGAUCUAAUGGCGAGCCAAUCAAAUUUGGUCAGUGCUGGGUAUUUGCCGGCUCUACUACAACAAUGAGUAGAGCAUUGGGAAUACCCGCCCGAACCAUAACAAACUUUGUAUCAGCUCAUGACACGGAUGACAGUCUUACAGUCGAUAAGUUUUUUACCAAAGAUGGAGAACCUAUUUCUGAUGUCAAUUCAGACUCCAUCUGGAAUUUCCACGUUUGGACUGAUGUUUGGAUGUCAAGACCCGAUUUACCACCGGGUUAUGGGGGCUGGCAGGUGAUUGACGCCACACCACAAGAGUCAAGUGAUGUCAGUGGUCUCUAUCAAACAGGCCCGGCAUCGCUAGAGGCCAUACGUAAGGGGGAGGUCGGUAUGGCAUAUGACGUGCCGUUUGUGUUCGCUGAAGUGAACUCGGAUGUCGUGCACUGGCAGUUGGACGAAACCAGUGAACUCGGAUGGAGAAAAAUCAAGACCAAUAAAUACCAUGUCGGUCGAAAAUUGUUUACUAAAAGAGUUGGAGUCGAUAGUGAUUACGGCGGCAUUUCUGACGCCGAAGAUAUCACUGCCUUAUAUAAGUUCAAAGAGGGAACAGAAGAAGAACGUAUGGCUGUCCUCAAUGCUGCCAGAGGUGCCGGAUUAUCGUUUCUAUUUGAGUUACCUCAGCCCGGAAAAGAAGACAUUGAAUUUGAUUUGUUGGACAUCGAGAAAGUGAUUAUUGGAAAUCCAUUCUACAUUCAGGUGGAAAUGACUAACAGAGUGGGCAGUGUUAGGACAGUCACAUUGUCGCUGUCGUGCAAUAGUUUUUAUUUGACCGGAAUAUUGGCCCGAAAAAUCAAACAGGACAGACAAAUCAUUGUAUUACAACCCUAUCAAAAGGAAGUAUUUAGAAUUCGUGUCAAUUCUGAUGAUUAUAUCGACAAAUUGGUUGACUAUUCAAUGAUGAAGAUCUAUGCGAUCGCAACGGUUAAAGAGACACAACAGACGUGGAGUGAAGAAGACGACUUCAGUAUAGAGAAACCACAGCUUCAUAUCAAUACCAGAGGAGACAUAGUUGUCGGCAGAGAGUAUGGUCUGGAAAUACAAAUGACAAAUCCUAUUAAUCGUGUCUUAACUGACUGUGCCUUCACUAUUGAGGGUCCGGGUAUUACCCGUCCCAUGCAAAUCAAAUUUAGAGACAUACAACCCGGAGAAUCGAUUGCACAUUCACUUAGAUUUGUACCACAAAGACCCGGUCCGCGGACUAUAGUCGUUGUCUUCCAUUCCCGACAACUGAUUGAUGUCGUGGGCAGUAAACCAGUGAAUGUAAUCGCCUGAGACCUACAUAUACUCUCAACAUUUACACCUCUCUAUCCUUUUAUUAUUGCCUUUCCUAAUGUCAUACAAUUGUCUUAUUGUGCAAAACUGCAAGUUUGCAAACAAUUUAAACAAAUACGGUAACUAUCUAUUGAUUACCCAUAUGUUAAAAAAGGCACUGUUUGUUAAAUACAACAAACAAUAUUGAAAUUUUAAAUGACUGCCAUUUAAAUGAAUUGAUUGGUAACAAACAUAUCUUUCACAUUAUAAACACACAUAUGUUUUGGUGACCGUGGCCUCAAACAGGUCUCAAAUAAUAUAAGAUAUUUAAACUGCCAAAACUUACCUAUGAUAUAUUGCAAUAUAUUUUAUAAUAAUUUAUACAAUUAUUUAAAUACCA